AUAGCAGAUCUCAAUGUCAUUUCUAAUUGUUUUCCGUACCUUUGUGCGCGUUUUUCUAUGUUGUUUCCGUAAAAUGUUUGCGAAACUUGUUUUAUUGAUAACGUUCUGCCCGAAAGUGUUUGCGAAUUUCGGGUGGCGGGUGUUCAAUGUUUUUCGGGUGGAUUAUAGAAAGGUUGCGACUGAUGCGGGAGUGGUGGAAGGUGCUCGAGUUAUAACCCAGAUCGGCGCUGAUUACAGCAGAUGUGGCGUUGUGUUGUCACUACGACAGUCGCUGGCGGGGCAAGUGAAACAUAAAGUUGAUGGAAGCUGGGAUGAUUCUGGAUCAACAAGCCAAAGUUUUAAAAAGCCCUUGCCUAUAAAGUGUGAAUAGAGGGUCGAUUUCAAUAUUUUGUAAAUAUAAAAUGAUAUUUUAA